AUGAAUUUACAGCAAUGUUCGCCCACCACUUCGUACGCCCUGUCGUUGAACACCGGGUUUGAAAAAUUGACGACAACCCGACGGCCACUAACUAUCAUAUUCUUGUGGAUGUUAGCGAAGGACAAACACGUCGACAAAUACAGACAAUUGUGGUAUAAGAGAGGCUUUGAUGUGUUGACUGUGAGGACAUCACCGUUUGAUCUGUUGGUGCCUCCGCUCGGCGGUCAAGUGGUGGCCAAGAAUGUGGUUAAAAGUAUGGCUCAACUAUACUCACAAUACAACGAGAUUGUGAUCCACGCCUUCUCUGUCGGCGGCUAUCAGUUUGGGCUAACUUUAAAUGAAUUGACAUCACAUGAGGAAAACAAACCCCUAUUAAACCAAAUCAAAGGCGUUGUAUUGGAUUCAAUGGUUUAUAGGGAUGACUGCCCACCCGGACUGUCCCGAGCCGUCACAUUGAAUCCGGUCGUCCAGCCGGCCAUUGAAGCCUCUAUUGCUUUCUUUCUAAAGUCCUUUAAAAAUAUAGUCAAAUACUAUGACAUCUGUGAGAGGAUGUACUUCCAUCCGGCCCUCAAAUACUCUGGGAUGUUUUUCUACUCCCGAGACGAUGUGGUCUCUAGUGUUAAGUCAAAUGAGCGAUUGGUCAACACAUGGAUUAGAAGCGGCCAUAAUGUGCGGCACAAGUGUUGGGACCGAUCGACACAUGUCCUCCACUAUCGCGACCAUAAGACUGAAUACGAGCACGAAUUGGACACUUUCAUCAAGAGUUUGAAUCUUAGAGACACU